UUCGGCCUGACACCCCAGGGGGUCGGAGGUCUCGGGUGCCGGCAGGUGGUCGCGGCUCCUCAGAGGGCGGGGUGGAGGCUGCGCGGGCCGGACCCGAGGCCGCCCCAGCAGGUGCUUCCUGGAGAUGUAGGAUAAAUUCUUUUAUGACAUCUGUCUUCCAGCUUUCCCUGAUCUGGCUUCAUAGUUUCAAUCCUUUCCCAAGAGCAGCAGAAAAUGAAAAAAUCCAGGGGACAAGUAACAUUCAAGGAUGUUGUUGUGGAAUUCACCCCAGAGGAGUGGCAGUUACUGAACAGUGCUCAGAGGACACUGUACAGAGAAGUGAUGCAGGACAACUAUAGUCUCCUGAUCUCAGUGGGUUAUCGUGUGACUAAACGAAAUGCAGUCUUCAAGUCGAAGCAAAGAAAAGAGCCAUCGCAAUUAGAAUUUCCACACCAGAACUACCCUGAAGACCUACGGGAUAGUCAUGAUCUCGGAGCAAGAAAUCAGGAAUGCCAAGCUGGAAGUUCAAGGAAUGGAGAACUCACAAAACACCAGAAAUCUACCGGAGAGAAAACUUACAAAUGUAAUGACUGUGGAAAGUCCUUCUGCCAGAAGACUGCCCUCAUUGUGCACCAGCAUACCCAUCCGAAGAGCAGGCCCAGUGAGAGCGGGAGGUCCAGGAAUGAAGACUGCACGGCACCGAAGAAAACUACCACCAGAGAGAAAAACUAUGAAUGUAAAGAAUGUGCGAAAACCUUCUGCCACCUGUCGUCUCUCAGUAGACAUUUGAGAACCCAUGCGGGGGAGAAACCCUAUGAAUGUAAUCAGUGCGAGAAAUCCUUCUAUCAGAAACCACACCUCAUGGAACAUCAGAAAACACACACAGGCGAGAAACCAUUUGAAUGUACUGAAUGUGGGAAGUUUUUCUAUGUUAAGGCAUACCUCCUGGUGCAUCAGAAAACACACACAGGGGAAAAACCGUAUGAAUGUAAAGAAUGUGGGAAAUAUUUUUCCCAGAAAUCACAUCUCACAGUACAUCAGAGAACACAUACAGGGGAGAAGCCCUAUAAAUGUAAGGAAUGUGGAAAGGUCUUUUCUAGAAAUUCACACCUCAAAACCCACCAGAGAACUCACACAGGAGAAAAACCUUUUGAAUGUAAAGAGUGUAAGAAAUGCUUCUUCCAGAAGUCUGCCCUCACAGUACAUCAGCGAACCCACACAGGGGAGAAGCCCUUUGAAUGUACUAAAUGUGGAAAAAGCUUUUACUAUAAGUCAGACCUCACUAAACAUCAGAGAAAACAUACAGGGGAGAAGCCCUAUGAAUGUAAUGAAUGUGGGAAAUCUUUCUCUGUGAACUCAGUUCUCAAAUUACAUCAAAGGACCCACACAGGAGAGAAGCCUUACUCAUGCAAGGAAUGUGGGAAGUCCUUCUCUCAGAAGUCACAUUUUGUCAUACAUGAGAGAAAACACACAGGGGAGAAGCCUUAUGAAUGUCCAGAGUGUAAGAAAAGAUUUAUUCAGAGAUCAAAACUCACCGCACACCAGGUGAUACAUACAAAGGGAAAGUCUAUAAAUGGCACAAAUGAGGAAAUUCUUCACAUUCAUCCUUCAAAAUAAUCAGAUAAUUCACAUAAGACAUAAAUUUUGUGAACAGCAUCGAUAUGGGAAAGUCUGAGCCACAAUCUUUCCUUAUAGACAUCCAUACAGAAGUUAAUCCUGUAAGUCUAUAAGGGAGGAAUUUCUGCCAAUGUUAGACUUUACUAAAUAUCAAGCAACAUAGAGAGCAGAAUCCCUACAAAUUAUAAAACACGAGUCAAGAUUUAUUGUACAACAUAGGAGAGAAAUUCCUUAAGUAAAGUGAGUUUUGGGAGUUUUUGGUCAGUAUAGUCAUGUCUAGACUUCCCAAAGCUCACGUGAGUUGAGAAACUCCUGUCAGUAUCCCGAGCACUUGAGAAACCUUUUUAUACUAGUUAGACUCACGUUAGAUACUCAAAAGAUGAUAACUGCAGAGACUGCAACAGCUAGAGAAGCCUUUGUCAAGGACUGAGAUGCAGUGAGUGUCAGACUGUUGGUGCUGGGAUAGGAAACCUUGAUAGGUAUUUUAAAUAUGUGAAAGCUUUUAAACAAAACUUCAGUGUAUUUGUACUGAGGAAAGUAGUUAUACUCUAAAUCAUGUUGUAGGCCUGAUUCUAAGGUUUUCUUUUAAAGAAACCUGCAAAUACAUAGCUGUAUGUAGCUUUUUAAAAAGCACAAAUCAAUUGAAUAAUCAUGCCACACCAUUCAAAGCACUCACAGAACCCUGCAGUACGUGGGACUUACGUGUGUGUGAUGUACUACAAAACGUCUGAUGUGCAUGUAAAACCCAUUCAUAAUUUAUGCAGGAAAAUAGGUAACCCCAGUUUAUGGUGUUUCCGUGUAUAAAGAUGUCUCACAGGAAGUGUCUGCCAUGGCUCCUGUUAACAAUGUGUUUUAAGUGUAAUGUUCUCUUAGCCUUCUGCAUCUUCUCCUCAUUUGUAAGUGGGUACAGACCUUGUUACUGAACUAAUCCUUCAGAAAAGAACUAAAAAUAUGAGGGUAACAUUUUCAUUGGUCUCAUGUUCAGCCAGCGUUUACACUAGGGACACACUGCAGACACCUGCUUGUCUGUAAAGGCAAUCGGAAUCAGUGGUGUUGCACUCUAACAACAGACACCAGAGGCGCUCCGUGAAGACACAGCUGUCUUCGCUGGGUGCUGAGCAGGGGCCGAGCUGCUGCACCUGCACUUUUUGUGCGAGUCUGAGCACGGCACAGCGCUCAUGGAGCGUGCCGGCGCUGAGCUCCCCGAGCUGCAGCCUCUCCGCGCCUCCGCUUCUGUAAGGCCUGCUUGUGGUGUGACGAGCUAAUACUUUGAAAGUACUCCCAAUCCCGUGCAAUCGUGCGCGAGACACAGAAGCACUCUAGGUUAGAUAUAGUGGCAUCAUUACAGUCUGUAUUUAUUGCAGUAAGCUGCAAAAAAAAAAAAAAAAAAUCGGCUACCAACACUCAUCUGCCAUAGUGCCUUGAGUUGGUGAUUUGUAUCCCCACAAGUGACUCAGAGCUGUCCAACUGCCCACUUUUGUAGCCUGCAGGUUCAGAAUGGCUUUAUUUUUCUCAAUGAUCGGAAAAACUAAAGGCAUUUUGUAACAUGUGAAAAUGAUCGUUUUUCUCAGCAUGACUAGUAUUGCUCCGUUUCUAGCAAAGUUCUCUUACUGCCUGCACUUAGUGUAACUGUUGAAUGCUGCUUCAAUCUAAAUCCUGCCACAUUAUUCCUCCCUGCGAAGCUGACCUUUGACUUAUUCUGAUGAAGUAUCGAUACUUAACACUAAUGAACGCUUAAAAUGCUUAUAUGUAUUAAGUGCUUGUAUCUUAAGAAUAAAGUAUACGUUG